AUGGAGCUCGCGGCGGCUCUCCGGGCGACGGCGCACGGCGGCGUGGCGGCGGCGGCCGUGCUGGCCCUCGCCACCUUCCUCUACUUCCUCCACGCGGCGUGGCUCGCGCCGUCGGCCACGCGGCGCCGGCUCCGCGGGUCCGGCUUCGGCGGCCCGGCCCCGUCCUUCCCGCUCGGCAACCUCCCGGAGAUUGCGGCCUCGCUGGCUGAGAACAGCGGCACGUUGACGGCGGGCGCGGGGGUGACCAGCGACAUCCACGGCGCCGUGUUCCCCUACUUCGCGCGGUGGCGGGGCGCGUUCGGCAAGGUGUUCGUGUACUGGCUGGGCGCGGAGCCGUUCCUGUACGUGGCCGACCCGGAGUUCCUCAAGUCCGCCACCGCCGGCGCCAUGGGCCGGCUGUGGGGCAAGCCCGACGUGUUCCGCCGCGACCGCAUGCCCAUGUUCGGCCGCGGGCUCGUCAUGGCCGAGGGCGACGACUGGGCCCGCCACCGCCACAUCAUCGCGCCCGCCUUCUCCGCCACCAACCUCAACGACAUGAUCGGCGUGAUGGAGGAGACGACGGCGAAGAUGCUGGGGGACUGGAGCGAGGCGGUGGCGGCGGCGGGCCGGAGCGCGGGGGCGGUGGUGGACGUGGAGAGGGGCGUGGUGCGGAACGCGGCGGAGAUCAUCGCCAGGGCCAGCUUCGGCAUCGGCGACGAGGGCGGCGCGCGGGUGUUCGAGAAGCUGCAGGCCAUGCAGGCCAUGCUGUUCCGCUCCAACCGCCUCGUCGGCGUGCCGCUCGCCAGGCUGCUCCACCUCCGCAAGACCUACGACGCGUGGAAGCUCGGCCGCGAGAUCGACGCGCUGCUGCUCGACAUCAUCGACUCCCGCCGCGGCCGCCAGCACGACGCCGGCGGUCAGGAGAAGAAGAACAAGGACCUGCUCUCGCUGCUGCUGGCCGGGAACGACGAGGCGGGGGAAGCAGCUGGGAAGAAGAGGCUGAUGACGAGCCGGGAGCUGGUGGACGAGUGCAAGACCUUCUUCUUCGGCGGGCACGAGACGACGGCGCUGGCGGUCUCCUGGACGCUGCUCAUGCUCGCGGCGCACCCGGAGUGGCAGCGCGCGCUCCGGGACGAGCUCCGCGAGGUCACCGCCGACGGCCCCCUCGACGCCGCCGCGCUAGGAAAGCUCACCAAGAUGGGGUGGGUCCUCAGCGAGGUGCUCCGCCUCUACCCGCCGUCCCCCAACGUGCAGCGGCAGGCCCUGCACGACGUCGCCGUCGACGGCGCCGGCACGACCAUCCCGCGGGGCACCAACAUGUGGGUGGACGUGGUGGCCAUGCACCACGACGAGGCGCUGUGGGGCCCCGACGCCAACGAGUUCCGGCCGGAGCGGUUCGCGGCGGGCGCGCAGGGAGGGUGCCGGCACCGGAUGGGGUACCUGCCGUUCGGGUUCGGGGGGCGGAUCUGCGUGGGAAGGAACCUGACGGGGAUGGAGUACCGGGUGGUGGUGGCCAUGGUGCUGCGGCGGUUCGAGCUGGCCGUGGCGCCCGAGUACCGGCACGCGCCGCGUGUCAUGCUCUCGCUCCGGCCGUCCGACGGCGUCCAGCUCCUCCUCACGCCGCUGCAGCAGCACACCAAAUAG